AUGACCUUAAUGAAAGAGAGUUUCCACGGGGCUCUUCCACCCUCUUCUGAGGUGGCCAGGGCUGACAUGGCCAACACCAGAGAGAAGCGGGAGGUUCUGCUGCAAUCUGCGAUGAGGACAGGAGCAGUGGUGCCAAGGAAGCGAGCGGUGGGAAGGCUGGUCAUGCACAGCAUGGCGAUGUUUGGCCGGGAGUUCUGCUAUGCCGUGGAGGCCGCCUUUGUCACGCCAGUGCUGCUCAGUGUAGGGCUGCCCAAGAGCCUCUACAGCCUGGUGUGGCUCAUCAGCCCCAUCCUGGGCUUCGUGCUGCAGCCUGUGGUAGGUUCGGCCAGCGAUCACUGCAGCUGUCGCUGGGGCAGGAGGCGACCUUACAUCCUGGGUUUGGGCAUCGUGAUGCUGUUAGGCAUGGCUUUGUACCUCAAUGGGGACGUGAUGGUCUCAGCUUUCAUCGGUGAGAGAAACAAGCAGCGGACAUGGGCAAUAGUCAUUACCAUGCUGGGAGUAGUGCUUUUUGAUUUUGCAGCUGAUUUUAUUGAUGGCCCCAUCAAAGCGUAUUUAUUUGAUGUCUGCUCUCAUCAGGAUAAAGAGAAGGGUCUGCAUUACCACGCCCUCUUUACAGGUUUGGGAGGAGCCCUGGGUUACCUGACAGGUGCUGUGGAUUGGGGUCAGACUGUAUUAGGAUAUUCCUUGCCAUCGGAAUUCCAGGUGAUUUUCUUCUUCGCAGCCUUUGUUUUCCUAAUCUGCCUUACUGUACAUCUGCGCAGUAUUCCUGAAGUCCCACUCAGUUACGAAGAUGAAGAGACAAAGUUCUUGUUGGAAGUGACUGAAUCCUAUAAAUAUAGCUCCAUAGAGGAGGAAAUCAAGAAUGGUUGCUUAAAAUCCACAUAUACUGAAAUAAAGGCUGCAGCUAAACCAGGAGAAUGUGCUGUUACGUCACGUGCAGAGGAACAAAGGCAGAUGACCCUUAAAUCACUCUUGAAGACUCUUUUAAGCAUGCCAUCCCACUAUCGCUAUCUGUGUGUGAGCCACCUCUUUGGAUGGAUGGCUUUCUUGUCCAACAUGCUCUUCUUCACGGAUUUCAUGGGACAGGUUGUAUACCAGGGUAGUCCUUAUGCACCUCAUAACUCCACGCUUUACCUCACCUACAGAACAGGGGUAGAGGUGGGAUGCUGGGGACUGUGUAUCAAUGCAAUUUCUUCAUCAGUCUAUUCGUAUGUGCAGAACAUCCUUCUGCCAUACAUAGGAUUAAAGGGACUUUAUUUCAUUGGAUAUCUACUUUUUGGAUUGGGUACUGGAUUAAUUGGCUUGUUUCCCAAUGUCUAUUCCACUCUGGCUCUAUGUUCCCUCUUUGGCAUCAUGUCCAGCACACUGUACACAGUGCCAUUCCAACUCAUUGCAGAGUACCACAGGGAAGAAGAGAGCCUGAAGCUGCAGGAUGGGGAACAAGCUGGAGAGCAUGGGCGAGGGAAGGGCAUUGACUGUGCUGCUCUCACCUGCAUGGUCCAGCUCGCCCAGAUAAUUCUUGGUGUGGGCCUGGGGCUCUUGGUUGGUGUUGCUGGCAGCGUGGUCACUGUGAUUUCGGCAUCUACAGUGGCACUGAUCGGCUGCUUCUUUGUUGCUUUUUGUGUUCGAUAUGUGGAGUAG